GCUCCUCCUCCUCCUCCGUCUCGGAUUCUCCUCAUGCUCUCUCCUGUCCACGGCUGUUGCAACAUGAGGCUAUCGAGUUGGAGUCUGCAGUAGUAACUUGUAGGUGGGUGGUUGUGGUGGUGGAGGAGGAGGAGAUUAGCCAUGGAGGAGGGGGAGGGGAGCAAUGGCGGCGUGUUCGAAGGAGGGUUGGAGGUGAGGGUGUUGGUGGUGGAUGACUCCCCAGUGGAGAGAAGGAUGGUGGAAGGCUUGCUCAAGAAGAGUGGAGCCAUGUUUCAAGUUAUAGCUGUUGAUAGCGGAAAGAGAGCAAUGGAAGUUCUUGGAUUAACUGACGACAAAGCUGAACAGCCUACCGUCGAUGACCAGAAGGUAGACAUAAUCCUCACCGACUACUCCAUGCCAGAAAUGACUGGAUAUGACCUGCUGAAGACUGUCAAGGAGCAGAGCUGCCGAAAACCUAUUCCUGUAAUCAUAAUGUCUUCCGAAAAUGAGCCACAGAGAAUCAGCAGGUGCCGAGCUAUUGGAGCGGAGGACUUCAUCCUUAAGCCUCUUCAGACGAACGAUGUGCUGAGAUUGAGGAGCUAUGCUCGACCAGUAGAAUUAUCACCCAGAACAGGCACCAAGAGGAAAAUGACACUAGAAUUGAUGGCUGAGAACAGCAGCUCGGACAGAAGACCACGCCUCACUGGGCUGGCGGUGUCAUGAUAACUAUCACGAUAACGAUCAUCCGUCCAUCGAUCAAUCUCAGUUUCACAACACGGUUAAAAAAGCACCAACACAAAGGCCCUCUCUGAUAUUGUAACUAAAGUUUAGUGCUUACUAUCUAUCUAUCCCACUUCUUGGUGUGUCCAUCAUAGUGAGUUUGCUUGGGUGAUGUGAGUGAAUAUGUCAUCUAUAGACUUAAAAGUUGUUCUUCUGAAUCCCUGUGAAUGUUCCAAAUUAUAUUCAAUGAAAGCUCUACUGCAUCAAUCAGUAAGCCUCA